UGUCAUGGAAUGCAGGGUUGUCAACCAAGCCUAUUGCUUAUUUGUUCUCCUUUAUUCCUAUAACUUUAAUUACUCCUCUACUAGUCAAGUUAGUCAACCAACCGUCAAGUGUUCUCGCGAGUCAAAUUAUUAAUUGUGGAAUGUCAGGAUGUAUUUAUAGGAUUCUACAGGUAAAACUUUUCACAUCGUCUCAACCUUUUCCCACAAGAACGUUCUCAUUACGCCAUUAGACGACACGAAUUGACGAAACCGGCUAGAAUAACACCCAGCUAUCAUUGCCCAAUUAACGUUCACCUAGCUUGUCGUGGUCGUACAUGCAGCUGAAGCAGUUACCGUGCUGCUCAAUCAUAUUUGUCUUUCAAGAGUCGCGAGAAAGCAGUUUAAUUGAAGGAAAAGAAAGUCAUCGUUCAUCUCUAGGUGCUUCUAUCUACAGCUGUACUCAAGGAUUAGUGAAAAUCUUUCAAGGAAGGAAAUCAAACAUUGGCAUAAGAGUUGUUCCCGACAGUGUCUGAGCGUGUCAGGAAGUCUCCUAGUUUAACACUGUUUUUCCACAUGUCAUCAAAUCAUUGCACAAGGAGCACUGGGUAACAGCAUGUGCUUGGAACACCACCCGUUAUAAAUAUACCACAAUUUGUCCUAUUCACUUCAGUCAAGGCUAAGCUGCUCUGUCGUCAAGAUGGACAAGUUGUUCGCUGUUUGGUGCUUAUACGAAUAUCAAAGUCCGCGAUCGACGCCAACUGUACGAAGAAAGCAGCGAGUAAUAACGCCGAAAUUCAAAGUUCCACCGAAAGAUGAAAAUCAACGACAAGUUAAAUUUCGACUUCUCACAAAAGAUGACAUCGAAAUUGUGCGUGAAAUCUACCAGCAAGGUCAUCAAGGAAGAAUUUUCCCUGCGUUUAAAAUUGGCUUCGCUCGCUCGUUAUCACUACUAACGAUGCUAAUACUGUUUGCACUGGUUUACCUCGCCACGAGAUCACUCCUCGUUUCUGUCGCUUUCGAAAUAUUAUACAAUUGCACCGUGCUGGCAUCAUUUCAUAAACUAUUCAAUGAUCACAUCUCCAACAGUCUGAGUAAAGAUUUGGAGGACAUGACAGAAUAUUAUAAAACUCAAGAAACAUGUACGAGAUAUAGUGACUUUGCUAAAAAUGGUUCCAGCAUCUGGGUAGCGGUGAAGGAAAACGUUGUCGUGGGUUUCGUUAGUUUCACCCACCUGAACGAAGAGACUAUCGAGCUCAAACGUAUGGGUGUAGCAGAAAAAUUCAGGCGGAACGGCGUAGGAGUAAGUCUUUGUCAAUUCGCGAUCCAGUUUCUACAAGCAACGAACUAUAAACGAAUUCUCCUUGAGACGACCGAAGCCCACCAGCCUGCAAUUCGUCUUUACAAAAAGUUCAAAUUCCAGUUAAUAAAAAGACAGCAACGCAGUUGUGGUUUAGCGUCCAUACAUAUUGAACAUUAUGAACUUCCAAUCAGUGUAGCAAAUACACUAAACAUUGCACCUUCACAGGCCAUCAAACCCGACUGUUCCCAUGCUAUUCCGAAACAUCUUAUCAAUUAUAUUCAUUAAAUUUAGAAAUUAAUAUAUUCGAAUUUUGAAAAAUAAUAUAAUGUAUAUAUAAUAUAUUUCAUGCAACAUACUAGAAUAUCUAUAUGAUAGAGAUGGACGAUACAUUGUCAUUAUUAUAUCGAGAUUCAAUGAAUAAGUAACAAAGACUAUAUCAAGUCGCAUUAAUAAUUCUUAACGUCUUUUAUAGAUGACAUAAUAUUGUUUUAGUUACGUCGCGUAACAAAUACUAUUUCGACCAUAACAUUGUUAA